AUGAAGGACAUCAGGGGUCUCAAAGGGAACGGCCCGUUCCUCGCCGAGCAUAUGUGGCGCAUUUACAACGGCUUCCAGACCUCCAGCCUGCCGGACGAUUCGUCUUACGCGGACACAGGGAGCGGCGCCCGGAGCUUCUUAUUGGUUUGGGCUGAUCUACCACAGAGGUUUGGCAUCAAUGCAACUUCCCAGAGCGCGUGCGGCACUUUCAACAGGUAUCUCCAGCGAUUCAUUGGGGAGCUCGAAGACAUGCUGAUUCGGCGCACCGCCAGGGCGCAGUCGGAGGAAGGGAGACACUGGUACACCGUCCUCCAGUCUGAGCUGUUGUCGGCCCCAGAGGCCGUCCAGUUCCUGUGCUGCGAGGGGAUCAAGAUCCUCCGCUUCUUGGUCACGCGAGACCCAAGGUACCUCAGGAGCAGCGCGGCCCCGCCGGACGACGUCGCCGAAAACGGGGCGAGCGAGCAGGAGGAUUAG